CUGCCCUCUGUCAGGUAUUCGUUAACUUCGAUACCAUCCCAUGUUCUAUAGCCGUCUUGGCGUUCGAACAGCCGGUGGCUCUUGUCCCCCUCUUUCUUGACACGAGUAAUCGAUUGAUUGAUAGCUGUCGAGACUGGGGGAAAGCCAUUUUUUCAGCUGGGAGGUGAUUGUUAAUCCUGUUUGAGACUUAUGGUGCACAAAAAGGCUUGAAAGUUCUCAUUCCAGAUCUAGUUUUUCUGGCGAUGCAAAGAUGGGCACGAGUGAAAGAAUCACCAAGUACAGGGAUAGGCUCGACAAGACUCUGGCAUCUCCUGAUUUGACAAAUGCAGAGACGCUUAAAAACCUUGUGAAAGAUCAUCUCCAACGUUCAUCACUGGAAGACAAUGAAGAAUUUUCUGAGGUUCUACUGGAGAGGAGGACUAAGGAAGUCUCUCAUUUUCUGGAUAUGUUGAGAAGUGCUUCUGUUGGCGGCAAUGGAUCGAAAGCUUCUCAAAUGUCACAUGCUGAAUGGAAAUUAAAACAAGAUAAUGAGGAGUUCAGAGUCAUGUAUCGAGAAGGACCCGAGGGAACUCCAUACCAUUCGUUACUUGUAGAAGGCUAUGUUGAUGGCCCCAUGGAUACUUGUUUAUGUCUUUCAUGGGAGUCCGCCCUGUAUAAGAAAUGGUGGCCCCAGUAUACUAUGCCAACCUUCAAAAUCGUUUCUAGUAAAUGUCUCCAGAAGAUCCGAAUUGGAGAACAGAUAUCAUCAGUGAGGGUGAAGGUCUCAUGGCCACUAUCAGCUAGGGAGGCUGUUGUGCACUUCUUUGAGUUUGAGUACUUCCAAGAUGAUUUGAUCAUCGUACUUUUGAACUCGAUAUCUGAAACGGAGAAGAUCGACAAAAGUACUCAUGGGUACACUGGAGACAUGAUACCCGAGGAAAAAGAUGUGAUAAGGAUUGGUGUGGUUGGAGGAUUUGCUUUACAAAAGGUGACUUCUGAAAGAAGUUAUUUUCGUACGAUUGCAAACAUGGACUUAAAGCUGGAUUUUGUUCCUCCAUCCCUCAUAAACUUUAUAGCAAGGCAGCUCAUUGGUAGUGGAUUUAGACUCUAUCAGAAGGCAGUUGCUUCUGUAUUCAAGUCGGAUGGGGAUUUUAAGCAGGCUUUGAAUGACCCUCUGUAUGAUCGAAUACGUAAAGCUUUUUAUAGUAUUUAUCAACAAAAUGGAGGUCUGGCGUACAAGAAGCUGGAGGACAAGGCAAAAGUUCUCGUCAAUGAAGAUAUUGUAGAUAAUGCCGAAGAUAACAUAAAGGAUGUAAAUCAAGAUAUUCCAGUUGAUCAGAAUGCAGAAGAAAUUCAGCCAAAUUAUAAACUGCCUCCAUAUAGCAGCAAUUGUGGUGAAAUCGAGGAGGUGAAGAGUGAGGACGGCAUGGAGGGAGGUAAUGAUCGUAUCAUUAACCCUUCAAAUGGAGAUGUGGGGGAGAUGUCUUGCCGAGAUCGCAAAAGAAAAGUUCAUAUCCGUCCUGAGGUGGAACAAGCUCUUGGGACGCUGGAAAAAGCGAUAUCUAUAGUUCGACAAUAUGGAUUGAAUGCACUUAACCAUUCACCAUCUUCUUUCUUUGAAGAAGAGCCACAAGAUCUUGAAAUGGAUGCAGCUGGGGUUUCAAUCUCUGAAAAAGUUGGAUUCAUUUCAAAGUAUGACGUCGGUGUUGAAGAAUCAAACAGGAAAACGAUAAAGAAAUCUACAGAAGAACCGAGAGAAAGCUCUGGCACUCACAGUUCGAGGGAUAGGAAAUCGAAUUCCAGUGCCACAAGGGAGGUAAGCCACAGCAAGGUAGUACCAGCUUCGCCGGAAGAGAGACUCGUGGCUCCUCCUCAGAUCGACCAGGUCGUUGCCUCGUAUUCUCUCGAGAAUGGAAAGACAGAGGCGCCAUUUUGGGACUCGACCACGGAUGAUGCCAAAGAGAUGACCACAGAGGCAGAGAGGGGAGACAAAAACGGCACAGAUACAAAGAACUCGUCGAGACGACGGAGAAGAUACAGGUUAUGUUGUUUCCGCCCACUUCUUGGACAUUGAUGGGGAUGCACAGGAUGGAAAUGUUUGGUUCCCAACCGACGCUGCUCUCCGUCGGAAGUUCACGAACUGCUUACUCGGUCGACGGGUGACGCACGAGGAGAGCUACACUCUCUUUCUUUCAACACGCCUUCACCUUUCCUUUCGCGACCCCCUCUCUUUUUAAGGAAGAUAGACCGGCAAACAUUUUCGGGUCUUCUUGAGGGCAAUUUACAAUCUAUGUACUGUGAUGGGGAAGGAGCUACUAUAUGCGAACGCUUUCGGUCUUUAAUGCUAAUUUUUCAUGAUGUACGAGACACGAGCAAUUCGUCUGGCGGUCCGGAUUCAGCUUAUGGUCACCGCCUUCUCUGUCAUUGCCGGACAUGUUCAUCCUUUCGGGUGAUCCCAGAGUAAUGGGAUGAAUCUUGAAUUCACCUUCCUUAAACUCUACGAAGUGUCGUGCUCGUUCU